AUGGGUUUCAUCGUUUUUCUAAUUUCUUCGCUAGCAGAAUGUGAAAGAUUACCUUUUGAUUUACCAGAAGCAGAAGAAGAAUUAGUAGCUGGUUAUCAAACAGAAUACUCAGUCCGAGCUGCAAGGUACAUUGGUCAAAGUUUCAUGAUUAUCUUAUCUCACGCAAAUCGUUUACCUGUAACUAUUCAAUAUCCUUAUGAAAAAUUAAUCACAUCAGAACGUUUCCGCGGUCGAAUCCAUUUUGAAUUUGAUAAAUGCAUUGCUUGUGAAGUAUGUGUUCGUGUAUGUCCUAUAGAUUUACCCGUUGUUGAUUGGAAAAUGGAAACGGAUAUUAGAAAGAAACGAUUGCUAAAUUACAGUAUUGAUUUCGGAAUCUGUAUUUUUUGUGGAUGUACUCAAUGUGUCCGAGCCUGUCCCACAGAUGUAUUAGAAAUGAUACCUUGGGAUGGAUGUAAAGCUAAGCAAAUAGCUUCUGCCCCAAGAACAGAGGACUGUGUUGGUUGUAAGAGGUGUGAGUCCGCUUGUCCGACAGAUUUCUUAAGUAUUCGAGUUUAUUUAUGGCAUGAAACAACUCGAAGAAUAAAUUCUAUAAGUGAUACUGGUCUCAACGGGGCCAUUUUACAAAUAAUAUCUCAUGGAUUUAUUGGCGCUGCCCUUUUUUUCUUGGCAGGAACUAGUUAUGAUAGACUGCGUCUUCUUUAUCUUGACGAAAUGGGCGGAAUGGCUAUCCCAAUGCCAAAAAUAUUCACUAUUUUCACUAUCUUAUCAAUGGCUUCUCUUGCAUUGCCUGGCAUGAGCGGUUUUGUUGCAGAAUUGAUAGUUUUUUUUGGAAUAAUUACUAG